UGCGCAGACCCAUCCGCUAUCGACGCAUCUUCCUGGUCUGCCCCCUCUCUCCCUCGCGCUCUCUCUCUCCCCCCUCAGUCUCUCCCUCCUCUCCCCCCUGUCUGCCACUACCUGAAGGGAAGAGCACAAAGCCAGGCGGAGAAACCGGCGUGUCGGCGGGGCCCUGUGCGCGCGCUAUGCUGCGGUAGACCGGGCCGCCGUUUGCGGUGUUUCCAGGGGAUGUAGAGAGGGGACGGAGGCGCCGCGCUCCCCUCCCCUCCUCCCCCACCACCACCACCACCACCACCACCUCCUCCUCCACCUCCUCCCCGACGGACCGCGCCGUGUCUGCUCUGCUCUGCUCUGCCCAGCCCGCCGCAUCGCCGAGCGGCCUGCCAAGCACACAAGAUGUCGACCAGAACGCCAUUGCCCACCGUGAACGAGCGGGACACCGAGAACCACUCGUCGGUGGAUGGCUUUGUUGAGCCUCCUGUACCCCCAACAAAGUCCGCGAGCCGCCACAGCCUGCCAAGAUGUCGCAACUCUUUCACCUCCACAGAGGAGCACCCUCAUAUUGGCAAUUACCGCCUCCUUAAGACCAUUGGGAAGGGCAACUUCGCCAAAGUGAAGCUGGCACGACAUGUCCUGACUGGACGAGAGGUGGCGGUGAAGAUUAUAGACAAAACGCAGCUGAAUCCGACCAGUCUACAGAAGCUCUUCAGGGAAGUAAGAAUAAUGAAGUUACUGAAUCAUCCAAAUAUAGUGAAAUUGUUUGAAGUGAUUGAAACAGAGAAGACACUUUAUUUGGUGAUGGAAUAUGCCAGUGGUGGAGAAGUAUUCGACUAUCUCGUGGCUCACGGCCGAAUGAAGGAGAAGGAGGCCAGGGCCAAGUUCAGACAGAUUGUGUCUGCAGUGCAGUAUUGUCACCAAAGGAGGAUAGUCCACAGGGAUUUAAAGGCGGAGAACUUAUUGUUAGACGCAGAUAUGAACAUUAAGAUAGCGGACUUUGGCUUCAGCAAUGAGUUCACAGUAGGCAGCAAGUUGGACACGUUUUGCGGUUCUCCGCCGUAUGCGGCUCCAGAACUCUUCCAAGGAAAGAAGUACGAUGGCCCCGAAGUGGAUGUCUGGAGUCUGGGAGUAAUCCUUUACACACUGGUCAGCGGAUCUCUGCCCUUUGAUGGACAGAACCUAAAGGAGCUUAGAGAGAGAGUCCUGCGGGGGAAGUACCGGAUUCCUUUCUACAUGUCCACAGACUGUGAAAACCUGCUGAAGAAACUACUUGUGCUCAAUCCCGUCAAACGCGGCAGUUUGGAGCAAAUCAUGAAAGAUCACUGGAUGAAUGUGGGUCACGAGGAGGAGGAGCUCAAACCUUACAUCGAGCCUGAGGCCGACUUCACUGAUUCAUCCAGAAUAGAACUCAUGGUAACGAUGGGGUUCCCCAAAGACGAGAUCACAGAGUCUCUGCAGGGCCAGAAGUAUGACGACGUGAUGGCCACCUACUUGCUGCUGGGCAGAAAAGCCCCGGAGUUCGAAGGGAGCGAGCCUCUGACUAACAGCGUUCUGGGUCAGCGGCAGCGGCCGACCAGCGACAUCAACAACAGCUCCAGCAUUUCCCCCGCCCAUCCCAAGGUCACGCGCAGCAUCUCGGCCAAUCAGAAGCAGCGCCGCUACAGUGAUCAUGGUGGGGAUGAUGAUGGUGGUGGUGGUGGUGGUGGUGGUGCCGUAGAGAAGCCAAUGGGCCCGUCCGUGCCGCCGGCGGUGUCGUACACCAAGCGCGCCCAGGCUCUGAGCGUGGAGAGCGACCACAGGGAGGAGUGGGACGGAGCGCGCCGACUGGAGCUCAACACCUCCAAAGGAGACGUUCCCGCCUCGCCGCUGGGAGUGCAGGAGAGGAAGAAAACCACAAGUGCUGUCGGGCAGACCAAUGGUUCAAUGACUCGUAGGAACACGUAUGUGUGUGAACGAUCCUCCACCGAGCGAUAUUCAGCUAUUCCAAAUGGCAAAGAUAGCAGUUUAACGGAGGUAUCGGGCAGCACGCCGUCGACCGCAAUGAGCUCCACGCGGCCUCGUCACACCAAGUCCAUGUCUUCGUCGGGACAUCCCUCAAAGAGCACUCUGCCUCCUAUCGAUGACAAUACCGAGCUUAAAGCCAGCUCUUCUCCUCGAGGCCCCUCCACAUCUCCAUCAGCACACAGUAUCAGCACCCCGGAGAAGAACCGUUUCCCCCGCGGCACCACCAGCCGCAGCACCUUUCACGGGGCGCAGCUCCGAGACCGGCGCAGCGCCACCUACAACGGGCCCCCCGCCUCGCCCACAUUGUCCCACGACACGGGGGCUCUGGCCCAACAGCGCAGGGGCACCUCCACAGGGAUCAUCAGCAAAAUCACCUCCAAGUUUGUCCGCAGAGCUCUGUCUUUCAGGUCGACCCGGAGGGUGCCUAGUGAGGGAGAGGCCAGUGCCAGAACAGAAACACCAAGGAGUGCAUCUGGAGACACAAAAGAGGAAGGCGGCCGAGACUCCAAGCCUCGCUCGCUGCGUUUCACCUGGAGCAUGAAGACCACCUCGUCCAUGGAGCCGGCCGAGAUGAUGAGGGAGAUCAGGAAAGUCCUGGACGCCAACAGCUGCGACUACGAGCAGCGCGAGCGCUUCCUGCUCUUCUGCGUCCACGGCGACGCCCGCCAGGACAAUCUGGUUCAGUGGGAGAUGGAAGUGUGCAAGCUGCCCCGCCUCUCGCUCAACGGCGUGCGCUUCAAGAGGAUAUCGGGCACGUCCAUCGCCUUCAAGAACAUCGCUUGCAAAAUUGCCAACGAGCUCAAACUGUGAUGGCACACGGCGCCCCGGUCGGUCUUGGUCGAGCUCUGGCUACAGUCUCAUCUCGUCACUGGAUAAAAGUGUUGGCUCGCAGGACAGAAUUCAGCACUGAGGGUCCGCACCGCGCAGAAAUCAGGGUGGACUCGGCUGGUAACGUGCAAUACUGGCCGCGAAUGUACUGUACAGGGUAGUGGAUCAGAGACAGGUGGCGAGGUUUCACCUCUGCGAUGGAGAGCGAAAACAAGCUCGCGCCCCACUUUCUUUUUUCUUUUUUUCUUUUUUUUUCUUCCGUCCAGCCCUCUGUCUCUCGCAUCAGCCCGCCGCUCCACGUCAGAGGAAGCAUUCAUAUAACACAUGCAGUAUGCAACCGAAGAUGACCAUCCUGCAAUAAGGUUUUCAGUCUUUCUUUUCUAAGCGCCUAACGACAAGAUCUACUCUCCUCGCUGAAUAACCAUUAAAAUUACUGUAAGCAAAAAUAGCCGCUUUUCCACCUGUGUUAAGUCAGUAUAUAGAUCAGGCUGGAGCCCAUACUAAAAACUAUGUAAAAAGAGAAUUGUACUGUAUGCAUAACAUCUGCAGGUACUGUAUUGUAUAUUGAUUUUGCUUUCUGUACAGAAUUUUAUUGUCAAUACUGUCUUUUUUCAUGGGAUUUAAGUUCUUUCCUAAUAUAAUUGAUGUCUCUUAGAGCAUUAUUCUUUCAGUCUGUGAGUUUUUGUUUUGGGUUUUUUUUUUCAUUUUUUUUUUUCAUUUUUUUUUAAGAGCCACCAUAUGAAAAUAGUGUUUUUAAUUUUAUUUAAAGAGCACUAAAUUAUUUUGUGGAAUAUUAAGGGAUGUGUUCCCUUGCCUUUUAUGUCAUAUUUUUUUGCCUAUUGAAAAAAAAAAAAAAAAAAAGAAACACUAAGUUGCACCACAUAGACUUGAGUAGUGACUUCAGUUAAAACUGAAACAUGUGUUCACUUUAUUUUCUCUCAGCAGUAGGUAGGCGAUCAGGAGAUCCUGCUGCCGUUGCACAAGUUUUCCAGGGUGACGCGUCCGGACAUGAGAGUAUGCACCUGUGUUUCUUUCAUGUUGGUUUGGUAGUCCUCAAUUACUUUAAAAAAAAAAAAAAAUGCAGGGUUUAAAUCAGUUUGCUUCAGAAAGCGGGGGACCAGAUGUCUUUCUCCAAACGACUGAAGAUGCAUGAAAAGUCCUGAAAAUGACCUCACUUGAAAAAAAAAAAAAAAAGUACAGAAAAAAAAAAAUCAGUGUUUCUUGCAAGGCCUUUCUAAAGAGGCUGAUUUAUCCUGC